AUGGUAACAGUACUGACCACAGGGUACAAGGGAGUCAUCACCUCGCUGUUCUGUAACAUACCGCUGAGCGGAGAGCUUCCCCAGUACGCGUCCUUGAAUGACCUUAAGAAUCUGGGCUUCGCUGCUUGCCUAGUUAACUUUCCAGAAGCAGAGCAGGUGAGGGUUAGUCCUCGGUGGGCCAAGAAACCGAAUUUUGAUUGCUGGGACGGAUCGGGAAUGCUGCGUGUAGGAAAUGGUACGGAAGUCGUGUUCGUGUUCAGGCCUAGCUCCGACCAGGCUGGCAGCCUCAAAGACGAGCUCUUUCGCGUCGGCUUCGUUCGAAUGAACACGCUUCUGUCACCCAUAAUAACGGGACCUCAGAUAAAAUCAAAUUCGGCAUACUACAGGUCCAUGAACAAACUCCUCGGCCGUGCUUUUGUAGCCGGUCUGUUUGAUCGAGCGGAAGAAAUGGCGGAAUUCAAGAGUAGGGUUAGGCGGGAAUUCAAGUACGGCCGUCCCUCGGAGACCGGAGACGCAGCGCUGGGACUGAGUGACCUCCAGCCCUGUUUCGUCAUCUGGGCGAUCGGAGUCGUUCUCAGUUUGCUGACUUCCGCAGUCAGUCACGUGGUCGCCCACUUCCGCCCUUUGCGCCCUCGCAUGACUCGGCACCCUGUUCGCCAGGCGUGGUGA